CUGCUGAACCUGACAUGUGUGCGGUCUGCCUGAAUUAGUAAGUAGGUCGGCUUGGGCGUCCUCGUCUGUGAUUGUUGGGAAGAAGUACCAUGCUGUGUUUUGCAUAAAUCGCCUAGUAAAUAUUUCUACUCGAUCGGUUGAAUUAUUCAAGUGGUCAUCAUGGAUUACGAUUCUUCUACAAAGUUUAUUUCAUCCUUGGCUAAGUUCUUGCAGUCAUUGUGCAAUGGAUAUGUUGAAUUUGACAAUGGGGUUCAGGUCAUUGGACAUUUGUAUUUGAGUGUAGAUACUGGUAAAACCAUAGACUAUGUUUUAAAUGAAAAGGUUUGCAAAACGGAUGAAAAUAGUGUCACAUUUAUCAGCAACAGCUUCCACGCACAGCCUGCAGAAAGACCAAAGCCUCAAGGUAAAAGGACUGCCAGAGACAGACAAGAUGUGAAAAGUGAAGAUAAAGAUAAUAACAGUGUUGAACAAAUUGAACCUCGAAGUACCAAUCAUGGUACAGUACAAACAGCAAGAGGGUCGGGUGAAAAUUCCCCUCUCGGCAAUAACGGAAAACGUCCUCUUUCACCAUCCCAAAGACAGUUUAAGGAUGAUGCAUCAUUAUCAGGGAGAGUGUCUCCCAGGAGCAAAAAAAGUCGGACAGAUUCAUUUGAUCAAAAUACAUCUCAUCCUUCCAACCUCAAUAACGAAAACAGUAUUUCAUCUGCACCUAGUCCAGCUGGAGAUAGUGGUCCUGCAAGUAUGUCAGCUCAAAAUUCUGAUGCCCCUCAAGAUUCUUCUUACAGUGAAUCUUACCAGCAGCAAACGUUUUUUCCCCCCUCUGAAGAAGAACAUUCUGUUGGUGGAUCUGAAAGAGACAUUAAACCAUCAUUGGAUACAGAUGUUACAUUUAUUAAAGAAGAAUAUGCACCAUCAAGUUGUUCUCAGUCUGAUACUCAAGGUCGUGAUAGAAAUCAAGUUGAAGACUCAUCAAUGUAUCCAACCAUGUUUCCGUCAAGCCAUUCAUAUCCAUCAGGGGCGUAUGCUGGUCAUGGAAAUUAUGGGGCAUCAACACCAGGUUCUCAAAGGUCAAACUUUAGCUCAUCUAGUGACAGACAUUCGGGCAUGUAUGCAUCAGGACAAAGUUCAACGCAAUUAGAACCAGGGGAAAAUACAAGUGAUCCUUCAGCUGUUGCUUUGUGGAAUCGGAAAAUGGCGUUUACCGGAGAUGCCUCCUCUUUGAGUCGAUUUGGGCGUGUGGACUCUGGUGGCGUCCUGGGUGGAAUGCGGAGCUCUCUGGGCUGGAGCCGUGUCAUGUCUUGCCGAAAGUGCACUUAUGUGUCUCGCGAUCACGUGGCCAUGGCUGUGCACAAGAAGACUUGCAACGGAAAGCGCCACUUAACGUGCACCAUCUGCUUGAAAGUUCUCAGCCGAUACGACUCGCUGGCGGAACACAUGAGGGGAAUUCAUGGUGUGGGCAAGAAAGUCGAAUGUCGCUUCUGUGGGCGAAAUUUCAAAUACAAACCGCAGAUGUAUCAGCAUCAGUUGAUCUGCGAGGCCAGAAUUCCGAGACUAGAGCUAGAUUUAGACUUGGUCACUGGCACAGGCUUUGUCAAACAAGAGAGAAUGAGCACCCCGGUGGAGCAGUCAUCUACCAACGAGACACUUUCUGUUGACAUGGAUACUAUAGAAAACCUUCUACCUGAUAUGAAACCCACUCUUGGACUAUGAGCGUAAUUUGGAUUUUCUUUGUUUUCCCCUCAGUCCAAAACAGUGUCUGUGCAUUCUCUUUGGCUUGUCUUUGAUACUGUACUUAUGAGCUCAUGCACCCAGCCCCGCAAAAUUUCUUCUCCUGAACAAAGUCAUGGUUCUUGGCAGUCGUGUCUUUUGUUUUAUUUGUUACCCGGUACUUUAGGUCUAGUCAAUGUUGAUUUUUGUGUUAAUCUGGUUGUGGCCUUAGUGGUCAGAGGGCAGAGCUGUACAGGGUUCUUUGCUGUGUAUGUUACCAACAGUGCCAGUGGGUUUUGUUAUUUAUUUAUCUAUUUAUUUAUUUAUAUUUUUUUUGGGAGAGGGGUUGGGGUUGGUUCUCUAUUUUCCAUAUCCUGACUGCCAGAUCAUUAGUGAUACUUUAUGGGCAAAAAAUUAGAUUAUUGUAAUAUUGGGUUGAAAUUUGGAUAUAAACUUAAAACUAUAGAAGUAAGUCACGGUGGUGGGAAGGCGACUGAAAGUGAAAUUAAAGAAGCAGUCAGCUGCCACUUAAGUUUUGCGGUGUGUGUGUGGUGUGUAUAUGUGUUCUGAACAUCUGUUGAAUGUUAUAAGUAGAACAAUCGUAAAAUACUCAUUUUGACUAAAAGAGCACACAAAGCUGUGAAUUCAUUGGCAUGCAGUGACAUGACAUGCUUUUAAUUGAGCCAGUAAUGUACUAAUACAAGUUGAUUUUUAUUUUAUUGACUGGGAAUUUUAAAGACUUAGAUGCUGACCUUUGUACUAUGACUACUACAACUAGUACACCAACACCAACAUUUUAACUUGACUAGGGUCUGUAUACAGACUAGCGUUUGUAGUUAGAUUAUUAAGCUUUCUGGUAGAAGGCAGAGGAAUUCAGUUAUGGAAUGAGUAGUUUCUAAUUGAAGAAGCCCACCUCUGAAAAAAAACAACCCCUGACCGUAUUAAAGUUAAAAGUUAUAAUGUUCAUUAUGUUGUUGUGUGGACAGGGGAAUAACACAUUUUAUAAUUGGAACACGUAAUAUAAAAGAAAUUUUAUUGGUGACGCGUAGGAGGGCCUGGGUUCAGUUCAGCCAGUCUUCUGACACAAUUGAAGAGAUGGGACUUGUUUCCCACUUUAUAUCUCAGGACUUUCAAAAAGUGCACCUUCUACAGAUGUAAAAUUUCCUGUCCUCCACAAAAGAUCAUGCGUGUGUUUGACAUGCACAUGUGACUUCCAGACUUUAGUCCCUUUGAAAAACUGUAGGUACUUGAUUGUGCCUUUGAUUGAAAAAUGAGAGAAAUGUUCUGUCUUCUUUUAACUGGAGUUUUGAUCGAAACCUAAUUAUAUGUGAAAGGCGAAUAUGAUAUUUAAAAAAUGUGAUUAGGUAUUGUCGCUUGAACUGAUUGAAUAUGAUAAGUGAAAAGUGAGCAAAUGAAUGUAGAUUAGAUGUGUAUGUUGCCCAGUAUGAACUCAGACCCGAUUAUUGCCCCUACCUCUGCUGUUCAGCAUAUACAAGCUCUGUGCUUGACACACCAACCCUACAUCAUCCUGCCGACGUGCUUUCCGUAAAAUAUUUUGAUGAUAGAGAUACCAGCUGCUGGACGAGUGUCAGAUGCUGGCCUAUUUAAUUUAUGCACAAAUUUUCUCUGUACGUUAUUUUGUAUUCACAAAUUGCGUGUUUAGUUUGUGAACGCUAUGCAAAAAGGAUUCUAAUGAGAUCUUUCAUCGGAAUGUAAAAGUAGUUUCGGUUGCCAUUUCUGUAAACAAAUUGUGCGUUUUCUUUUCGCUUCCACCUUUAUUUUUAUGCUUAAUGUAAUGUUGGAACAGUUCAAGAGCCUCCCUCUCCAAAUUCCCGAAUUGCUGCCUAGUUCAUAUAUGUAGGUUGAAUCCUUGUGUGCAUCCAAUUUUUCGCUUUAAGAUCAUCAUAGUUUUUUAAUUUUAAGUUUAAUUAAAAGUAUAUUUCUACAUUUCAUGUAAAUUAUUGCAUAAGAUAUAUGUAUCAUUCCUAAAUCCUGCUUGAGAAGAAGUGAGGUUAAAGAAAAAUAAUGCUGGUUUGCCGUUUAAGUUUGACGCAUUAUGUCAUUUUGUGUUCAGAUUUAGAGUGGUAUUUUUUUAUAUGUUAUGUUUUUGUGUUGAUUUAUCUUUUUCUGCUGAAACUUUUGGUGCGUUGCUGCUUACUUUUUAAAAAGGUUUUAAAAAAGCGUAUUCUCUAACCUAUUUUAGGUAAGAAACAAAAAGCUUUGUGAUGUAAUGCAGACUUGUUUUUUUGGGGUUUUUUUUGGUGCUCUGAUCCUUUUUGGCUUGGAGGUACUGUUUUAUUAGUACUAUGCUUCCGAAGAUACAUGUAUACAGCUAGUUCGAGUGAUUGGUUUUUUUAUAGCUUUAUUUUUCUCCCCAUGGAAUCUCAUUGCUGUGUUCCUUUUAAGGUUAGGGUGCCGAUGCUUUGGUCAGAAGUACGACAUGAAAAGAUGAAUGGUCUACAGAGUCAGAUUUUUUGUUCCUUUCCCACUUGUUAGUAAAGCAAGACUGCUUCAUGUUUCAUAUUAAACACAAGAGCUGUCUUCUGAAAGCUGUACCGGUGUGCUUUUUAGGCAGAAAUUGUUGGUCUUCGACACCUGAUCAAAUAUGUGGCAUGAGGUGGGUUUUUUCUGGUUUGUCAUUUGUCCAUGGCAAAUUCCUUCCCUUUAGGUCGAUGUUCAAAGAAAUAAAAAAAAUAA